AUGCCCGUCCGCCUCCGUCUGGCCCGUCACGGGCAGAAGCGCGCGCCCGUGUUCCACAUUGUCGCGAUCAACUCGAGCAAGGCUCGUAAUGCGCGCCCCAUUGAGAAGCUGGGCGAGUACGACCCUAUCCCGCGCAUCCCGAUCGAACACUCCAAGAUGCCACCACUCGCGCACGUGUUCGGCUCGGACAAGGUCUCGGUCCAGAAGGAGAAGCGUAUCGAGUGGAACGUCGAGCGGAUAAAGUACUGGCUGGCGGUUGGAGCGCAGCCGACGCUGACGGUUGUCAAACUCUUGGAGCGUGGCGGCGUCCUCUCGUCCCCGCACAAGUGGAUGCACCGGUGGUCGCCGACGCCUGCUGCAGGUUCGUCGAGAGCAGUCCAGGGUGCCGUGCCCGAGAAGAAGGCUCCUGCAGCGAAGCAAUCCAAGCCCAAGGGAUCGGCGUAG